AGCAUGAGGGCUGUGCUGGUGGCCCUGCUGGCUCUGGCCGCAGUGCCCUGGGCCCCGGCCGCGUGGCUGGGGCGGCUGGACCCGGGGCAGCUUCUGGGGGCCUGGUACGUGGUGGCCGUGGCCUCCGGGGAAAGGGGCUUUGCGGUGGAGAAGACCACGAAGAACAUGGAGGGCGUCGUGGUGACGCUCUCGCCCGAAAACAAGCUGACGGUGCUGGCCUCCCGCCACAGGCAGGAGAGGUGUGAGCUGAGUGCUGUGGAGCUGCUGAGACAGGACCCUGCCUGGGUGUUCGAGAAUCCCUCGCUGGGCGUGCUGGAGUACCGGGUGCUGGGCACCAACUUCAGGGACUACGCCGUCGUGUUCACGCAGCUGGAGCAGCAGGACGAGGCCUUCAGCACCGUGGAGCUGUACAGCCGCACACACCUGGCCAGCCCGGAGGCCAUGAGCCUCUUCACCCGGUGGAGCCGGGGGCUCGGCUUCCUCUCGCAGCAGCAGGCCCGGCUGCGCCCCGACCUCACCUGUGCGCACAAGGCCUUCCAGGUGAGCUGCCUUCCGAGUGUCGGCCGCGUGCGGCCGGGGGAGCCGGGGCCUGGGGCCCGCGUCCCGGUGGGCAGCGGGGGUCCGUGGCUGGGCCUGGGGCCCGCGUCCUGUGAAUGCUGUGGCCCCGAGGGGGACGGCGCCCACCGUGGCCUGGUGGAGCGGCCAGGCCUGCCCUCCCCCGCCCGGCUGCCCGGGGCUGGGCGUUGGGCCCGCUGCUCCAGGGUCUCUGGCUGA